AUGGAAAAUGAAGAAGACAAUGAUGAUUUCGUAGGUGGAUGUGAAUGGAAACCCAUAGAAGAUAUUAAAGAUCCUUCUCUUGAAGUCAUUGCCAAGUUUGCCAUCUCAGAAUACAACAAACACAAAGACUCAAGACUCAAUUUUCAGACUGUAGUUUCUGGUGAUAAGCAAUUGGUAGGAGGCAUAAACUACCGAUUAGUUUUGAAUGUCAAUGAUGGAUGCAACGAAGGAAUUAAGAUCUACGAGGUAGAAUUAUUCGAACAGGCUUGGAAUGAUUAUCGGGAUCUCAUUUACGUGAAACCAAUUAAUUAA